AACUGUGCUAUCUGCGGCGCGCCUCCAGACCCGGAAUGCCCACAUGAAGGCGAGCGCUUGCAGUUGGCACUGAAUCAGGCAAUGGAGAGAUGGGACGGUCUACACAAGAUCCGCAAGUUCGUGCUCGAUCACGCCAGGAAUUCGAUCAUACAGACCUACCACACGCUCCGAUCGGCACGCAUGGAUGCUCACCGCGCCUAUCUGCAGACGCUGCCCUACUACACUCUCUACCAUCGCUUCAGCGGGAACCCACCACUGGAUCCGGCUCAGUUCCACCUAGUACACUCGCAAAUCCAACGCGCAAAUCAGAUACUGCAGCAGGGAGUCGACCAGGACUGGCGAACGUCCUGCCAGCGCUAUCCGCAAGUUCUGGAUUACUACUUCAGCUUGGCUGAGGUAGUACUUCCUGACCAUCGCGACCCUCGAAUUUUCGAUCCACGAUUU